UCCUCACUCAGAUAUUGAUAGUGUCCGUGAAGUUCUUGGAGAAAUGAAAACUUCUUGAAAGAAGCUUCGACCAAUGUAUCUUCCACAUCUCCAAUCCAUACCUCUUGAAAAGGGUAUGAAUUGGAAACCUACCUGGAAAAGUACUCCAUUACUCGACAACUUUGUCCGCCGGUUUCAAUAUUCGGUGGAUGAUGUUGUAGACGGAGCAGCGGCUAAAUAUGUUAAAGAACACAAUAUCUUUGUGAACUUAAAGCAUGAGAUAGCAGCGUUCAUCUUUAAUGUGAAUAAAAUUCAUUCCAUUCAAGAUGGGUUCUUUUCCCCUGGUAUUCUUUGGUCUCAAAGGGUUUUAUACCCAUUUGAUUCUAAUAAUACCAGGUUUGCUAAUGAAUCCCUUGAUUUAUUUGAAAAACAAGUAGGACCCCCUUUCUCUAGCUUAUUAGGGGCCUACCAAGGAGUUCCAUUAGUGACUGGUAGAUUGGCUCAGGCCAUUGAAGGUGGUGGGAAGCGGAGGAUCUUUGCUAUAUGUAAUUAUAUAAAACAAAGACUUCUGCAUCCCGUCCAUAUUUGGGCUAUGACUGUACUAUCAAGUCUUAAGACUGAUGGUACAUUCAACCAAGAACGUCCGUUGCAGUAUCUAAGACUUAAAAGACCGAAGUCUUGUUACUCUUUUGAUUUAAAAUCAGCAACAGACCGUUGGCCAUUGAGUGUUAUAUACACCUUAAUCGAAAUGAUUUGGGGUAGUACUUUAGCAUCUUCAAUAGUCAACAGUUCUUUGGGUCUUAACACCUUUCUCGUAUCACCUCCUAUGGUGAAGAAGAUUAGUGAAGUAGCCUUUCUUACUGGACAACCGUUAGGUUACUACGGUUCAUGGUCACUGUUCUCGCUGUCCCAUCACUAUAUAGUGUGGUUGGCGACUUUGAAGGCUUAUCCGCUACGAAGCACCCCGUUUGUUGAUUAUGCCCUUCUUGGUGAUGAUAUCCUAAUCACCGACAAGAAGGUGGCCAAUCAGUACAGUAGGUUAUUGGAUAGACUCAGUGUUACCAUUUCAUUUGCUAAAUCAAUAGUAUCUGAAAAUGGAACAAUUGAGUUUGCUAAGAGGUUUUGGAUACGAGAUAUGCAAAAAGAUAUCUCUCCCAUCUCUCUCAAAGCUUUAACCUCCUGUAGAACGACUGUAGGCCUGUGCCAAUUGUCCUGCCGAUACUCGAUAGAAAUAUCGACUUUACAAAGGCUAGCGGUUUAUUGA